AUGAGCUCCUCCCUCGAGGCCAAGAUCGUCGUCCUCGGCGCGCAAGGCGUCGGCAAAACCUCCCUGGUCCAACGCUACGUCAAAAACGCCUUCCACCCCGCCGGCCCGACCUCCACCGUCGGUGCUUCCUUCAUCACCAAGCGCGUCCUCGACAGCGCCUCCGACACCAUCGUGCGCCUCCAGAUCUGGGACACCGCCGGCCAGGAGCGCUUCCGCAGCAUCUCGCGCCUGUACUACCGCGGCGCCAACGCUUGCCUCCUCUGCUACGACAUCACCGACGAGCGCAGCUUCGCCGAGAUGACCGGCUGGCUGCUCGAGCUGAAGCAGCACAUUGGCGCAGACGCAGACGGCGACGCUGACCCCCCGCUCGUCAUCCACGUCGUCGGCACCAAGUCCGACAUCGUCGCCCUCGACCCCGCCGCCCGCCGCGUCCCCUUCGAGCGCACCAUCGCCUACGUCGCCGACCAGCUGUACCCGUCGCGCGCGUCCACCCCGCCCCCGACCGCCGGCUUCGGUGGGGGAGCUGCCGGCGCCCCCGACAGCAAGCGCAGCAGCGGCUUCUGGGGCCAGGAUAUCGGCUGGGACUGCUGCCAUGAGAUCUCGGCCAAGGACGGCGAGGGCAUCGACGAGGUCUUUCGUGUCAUCACCCGCAAGCUCGUCGAGCAGCGGAAUAAGCGGGACGCGCUCGCGGCAGCGGCGGCGGCCGGUGGCGCGGCGAGUCUGCAUGGCGUGUCGUCGGAUGGCUCUGUUGGGGGUGCGGCGGACCGUGGGCCUGGAGGUGUGGCGGGGUUCCCCGGCGAUGGGAAUGGGAGCUUCCGGCUCGGUCAUGGGGAUCGUCGUCGGAGCUGGCUGGGGUUUCCGCCGGGUAGUUCGGUGGGCGUGGGCGAGGAGAGCGAGGAUCGCGUGAGGAUUACCAAGAAGAAGGGUGGGGGUUGUUGUUAG